AUAUUAUUGUUUUCAGAAUAAUGAGAAAUUAAGGAAGAAUAUUAUUGUUUGUGAGAGAUAUCCAGCAGCCUACUCUGUGUUUUAAGAAAGGAUAAAAAUGAAGAGGGUUGGAACUAUACUAGGAGCUAUGGAGCUAGGACGUGGACCGUGUACAGGUCCUAUCCCAGCUCAGAUGAUCUCAUCCUUCCUUAGCUUUAGGGAUGAUUUUAAACAAAUUGAUACGGCCUACAUGUACUCAGAUGGAGAGUCAGAGACUAUCCUUGGAUCCAUGGACUCAUGGAAGACACAGGGAACAAUGGCAGACAAAAUUAAUCCCUGGAAUGGUAAAAACUACAAGGAAGAAAGCAUUAGAGAACAGGUGGAUACCUGCUUGAAAAGGCUCCAAGUUGACAGCAUCCAGCUGAUGUAUCUGCAUGCUCCUGAUCACUCCUCUGAUCUUGAAGAGACAAUGCGGGUCAUGAAUCAAAUUCAUAGGGAAGGAAAGUACAAGGAGCUGGGUUUAUCCAACUACUCCUCCUGGGAGGUGGCCAGGUGUGUGGAGAUCUGUAGAAAACAUGACUGGUUGCAACCUACAGUUUACCAAGGGAUGUACAGUGCUCUAACUAGAGUUGUAGAAGACGAACUCUUUCCUUGUCUCAGGCACUACGGAAUAUCCUUCUAUGCGUACAGCCCCCUGGCCGGUGGUCUGCUCACCGGAAAAUAUAAAUAUGAACAGGAGAAGGAUAAAUCUAUUUCAACAGGACGGUUUAAUGGUGUAGGUUGGGACAAGGUGUACAAGGACAGAUACUGGAAAAAGGAACAUUUUGAGGAAAUGGAGAAGCUCAAGGUUUUGCUUACUGAAACCUACCCAGAGGAACAGGUUUCAAUCCCUGAAGCUGCAUAUAGGUGGCUCUAUAAUCACUCAAAGCUCUCCGGUGAACAUGGUGAUUGUGUUGUACUCGGAGCUAGUCGGUUAGAGCAGCUCAACAUGAACAUGGAGCUCUCACAGAAACCUGCUCUAGAGAAACCUGUUGUCGAGUUCUUUAAUAAUUGGUGGAACUCUACAAAACAAUUCUGUCCAAAGUAUUUCAGAUAAUUUAGAAAUCAGGACGGAUUGGGUUGAAUUUAUCCGGAGAUUUAAAGCUUUUCUAAUAAAAAUAUAUUUUUUCACAUUA